GUCCUAAGCUGAGUAAGACGCUUGGCGGUGAUAACAGCGUGUAACGACUGUGUGCACUGGCCUGAAGUCACGUGAUCUCAAGUUUUUACUUCCAGGAAGUAUCCUUCUUUAACAACGGUGGUAUUUAUUUCUUCUCUUGUCGGUAGUUGACGACUCCAGUUUAGACAAGCGUUAUCUUGUUACAUCGGUAUCUGGCUAGGUUAAACAGGUACAAGCUAGGAUACAUGUCGAGGUAAAACAAGAGGAUUAUUUUCUACGGAAAACAACAACUAGCUUGGAUAUUUUUCUAAGUGAAACUGGAGGUGGUUAGGGAACUGGCGGGCAUGGCCACGACGAGGAAUCCUGACUUACAAGAAAAAGAAUGACAAGUUCAAGUGACAUGACAUUGUUCUAGCGUCCAGUUCUAAGGUGUCGAGGAGUUAAAAAAAGAAAGAAAAACAAUUUUUUUUUCUGGACGACGGUCACAGGCAGAGAGAAUCUUUUUAUUAGAAAAGAUGGCUGUUCUGAAAAUUCAGAAAAUGCACAACGCCACAAGGCUAGAACCCAGCUACUACAGCGCCUACCAAGCCGCCGACGCCGUCAACCGCUACAUCCCGCCGCUCCUCAUCAUCGUCGGAAGCUUCGUCAACAUCCUGACCAUCCGGAUCAUGCGCACAAACUACUUCCGGAAGGUUUCCACGUCCCUGUACAUGAUCGCGGGAUCCGUCAACGACACCAUGGGACUGUGCAUACCCUUGUUGACCCACUGGCUGUUUCUCAACCAUCCGGGCAUCUUCCCUCGCAACGAGCAGUCCGUCGCCAUGUGUCGCUUCUUCAAUUUUUACGGUUUUGGUAAUACUGACAUUACUAUUCUGCUGACGGCCGCGAUGACCUCUGACCGUGCCUACGCCAUCCACUGGCCAGUCCGGGCGGCCACGGAGGACUUGAGGACAAGGGCAAAGGUCGUCAUCGGUGUCAUUUUGGCCAUUGUGGUGGCUAAAAACAUUCCUCUUUUGUUCUCUUCAGACAUGUCUGACCCCAAUCACACGGAACGUCUGUGCGUUCUGGCAGCCAACGGAACUAGCCUUAAUACCUCCGUGCAGAAAGCCUGGCCAUGGAUACAGAUCAUCUAUUACGGACUCUGCUUGCUCGCCAUCCUCAUCAGCAACAUCAUGAUAAUAUUGAGGUGUGAGACGAUCUUUUCAGAUGGCCAAUGUCAGACACCCAGGGAGUGCUGAAGCAGGAAAAGGACAACAGGGUUCGCCGUCCUCCCGCCUUCGACAAAUCUCGUUGAUGAUGGUGCUGGAGUCUUUCACCAUGCUGGUGCUGUCCUACCCGUUCUCCUGUUACCUGCUUCUCACCAGUGAGGGGAACGAGAAAGCGAACGAUCCAGACAAAGUAGCACUCAACCGUCUCCUCUUCUCCGUCUUCUUCUACAUGCUCUACUCCAACAAGUGCAUCAACUUCUUCAUCUACCUGGCCAGUGGCAGUCGCUUCCGACAGGCGCUCGUCAACGUCCUUCGUCAUUGUGGUGCGACUGCUGGGACGUUGGCCGGAACCAUCGCACUUCGAGUGAGACACGGGGUCAUCAAAGUUCAAGGCCAGUGUCAAGGUCAUUGUCAACGGCAAUCACAAGGUCAAUGUGAAGGACAAGGACAGGAAGUGAAGCGAGAGGGAGGGAGUGGACAAGUGGCCGGUAGUCAGACCACUCUUAGUGAUUUACCGCUAGAAACCUAGCAAUGGUGCUGAGGAUGCAGCAAGUGGUUUUGAUUGUUUCACUGGACGACAACUGCUUGGAUUGUGUGUUGAAAACUUCCUUGUCAGGGCGCGAAACUUGAAACUCUAGUAUUUCAAGGCUUGUUAACAUCCAACAAAGCUGUUGCCAGCAGAUGACCGAAGCUUGAAAUAGAAAGGAACCUGGGUUCGUUGGUAGAAAGAUUGAUUCUAGCAAACGACCAAUUGUUAAAUAAGACAAGAACAGAUACUGAUAGUAAGACAGAAACAGGUAUUGACAUUAGAGACAGCUAAAAAGACAAAGCAAGUAUUGAGAGUAGAGAUAGUUGCAAACAGAAUUUCAAACGUUCUGGUCAAAGAGGUGCUACUGUCCACAGAUAAAAAGGUCUUAAAGCGCCCGAAGGUCAAGAAACAGCCCUCGGUGACGAAGAAAGUUCUCAACCUUAGCAACCGUAGGCCAGUCCCGAGGAGUGAGAGAAAGAGCAACCCUAAAGCAGCUGUCGAAUAGAGGAUAUAGAGAAAGGGAUGAAGGCAACCAGAGAAACCUGGACCGUAAGGCAGAGGAAGGGAUGGCUUGGAGCGACAGCAGAAAGGCAUUUUGUUCACUCAAAACACACAUAAGGGUCAGCAGAAGUUAUUGGUCAUCGAAGACAGCACUGGUAACUAAUCUCCUGAUAGAGGACGGGGUUUACCGAAGGACAGAACUCUGCUUUUACCUGUACAAUUUGCCUCUGGCGAUUUACUAAAAAAUCCUUCAAGACGGUCUCAUUACGGAAGAUGACCAUGCAGACCUACAGGUCCUCCGGGAAGAAGUAUAACGGGUUAUCUGUCGCUUGAAGGACUGGAAGUCUCCAAGGGUCGUUAAUGUUCCAGGGCAUUUGCUCAAGUAUUGAGGAGACGAGACAGUGAAGGUACUCACUGCCUUGUGUCGGAGAAUGUAGGAUACCAAGCAGUGGCUGCAUGGACACAACCGCUGGCUAUCCCCCUGCAGAAAAAGGGUAUCAAAGGCAGUACCAGAAUUAUCGGAAGAGUCUAAUUAGCCCUCCAAGCUAUGAUGAACCCGAACCCUGAUUUAGCACCGUCUCGCACUGAUGGCAAAGCAAAUACUAUCAGAAAUACAGACUGGUAUAGAGUCGACAGGAGAACAGUUGAACACAGUAAGAUCUGUAUCAGACUUCAAGAAGGACAACGGAGUAGUCAGAGGUCUUGAGUCCAAACCUGCAGACCUGCACAUUAACCAACAUGGUACUUGAAUGGAGCAUGGAACUUCCCCUAGGAACCUUCUUGACUCUAUAUAGAGUUGGGCAAGGUUAGGCAGCGAAGAAGAAAUAGUCCCUACCCUCUGUGGGAAAGCUGACCUCAAGAGAAGGGAACUAACUUCACCUUUUAUCUUCACUUGGAAGCAAAAUUAUCUUCACUGCCUGGAGUGAUAUUUCCAAGAGCAUUAAUAAACUGCCUGGGUAAAUAAAACCCGUUAGAAUAAACAGUCUCAUAGUCCUUUCUUCUCGUCACUGUAUUCGUCUCCAUUCAUGGAGGAAAAUAAUCGUCAACUUAAUUGGCGAAGUAGUCAUUAGUUUAUGCCAAGUAUCGAAAUAAGUGAACGAUUAGAAUUUAGUUCUAUUUUCGUAAAUAUAAUUGUAUUCCAGAUUCUGCAUCACAGAGUGCACUAGAAAAGAACUCGUGUUCCAAGGCGAUAAAUCUAGUUUAUGAAUGGCUGGCCAGGUUUAGAAGCUGUUAACGGGCAGACCUUCUGGCGGACACACUUUUCCACGCUAAUGAUGCUGGGGUCAGUGUCUGCGGGGCCGAUGUCAAACAUCCUGUCUGAAAGUGCUCGUAGAGCACCGGGUGCUAAUCAAACCGCCAGGAUGACGACCCCAAAGCACUGUUUCUUGAACCUGCGGGUUUAUUUUUUGAGACAAAUCGUUUUUCUUUCACCGAAGAGCUGGCAGCCAAAACGUGACCGUUCGUCAUGGUCAGAAUAUCGACAGUUGCUGCACUUUCAGGACUGGGGUUCUGUAGAGUGCAUGCGACAACCGCGACUCCGUUGCUGAGCCAUGGAUGGAAGUAGCUGGAGCUUCUCUGGGCACGCAAUUUCCGGGGACAGGGUAGACAACCCACGAAGGGUCUUCUUCUGUCUGUUUUGCUCAUUGGAGUUUUGUCAGCUGGUUUUGCCGGACCUUAUGGAUGCAUGCGUGCGUUUCCGAUAGCAUGUUGCUCAAGGGGUUUCUCGCUCGUUUACUUCUUUGUGAAAAGUGAGGGAACAGUUUGUUUGUGCUGCAGCUUCUGCUUCGUCCAAUGAAUCAGAAAAUAAGUAUAUAUACCACGAAAUAAUUGGUUUAUUUACAAAAACGCCUGAAAUUUUGUGAAAAAAUGGUUAAUCUGGUUCAAAUGUCAAAAUUCGAUAAGUAUAUUACUCCAAAAACAUUUGCGCAAAUGCUUACAGUUGGCUAAAGAAGUAGUCAUUUAUAAUCUGUAAAUGCUAAAAUUUCGAGCACUUCAAGUUUGAUCUUUGCGUUGCAGCUCUUCGGAAAACCUUGGAGAUUCCUGUAAAUAAAUGCUUGUUGUUUAGAAACAUCUAGAGCAGCUCCAAACUUCCUAGACCGUCAACUCAGUUUUGAAAGCAAAUGAAGUUAGAAGAGACAGUUCUCUAGCCGACUAGACUCGCAGCAUCGUCGAGGGAAUAUUUCUGUGAUUAUUGCAAACUGUAAAUAAAUACAUCUGUCAUUGUA